UUAAAGGCCUGGCAUCUUCCUUUCUUGAAUCACAGUCAGAAAAGCAGAGGAAAUAGACGUUCAAACAAGCAAAGCCAGAGGCAGAACAGGGGUCGUGGCUUUCUCGAUAGGGCGGGGCAUUCUUUCACGGAAGUUUAGCUCCGCCUUCCCCAGAGCACAGCUCCCACCAGCCGCUGACAGCUAAACAGAGGCUUCAAACACCCCACUGCCUGCAGAUGCUCUGCUCAAACAGAGGGGCGUAAUUCAGUUACCGUAAUGCCCUCUCCUUUGCGCGCGCCGGGUAAAAAGUUCCUGAUAUCGCAGGCUCCUGGAUGGCAGGACACUGAGCUGAUAAAGGUGCUUUUAGCAUCACUCGGACAAGAUUGAAAGACAAAUGAACAGAUGUCUCCCUCACUAAACAACACGUAGCACAAAAUGCGAAGCACGUGAAGAGCUCAGCUGGGUUAGAGCCAACAUUAAGCAUACACACGUAAAUGGAAGAUCUGGAGACACGCAAAGCACGUAGGAUAGAGCAGAUGGUAGCGAAAUGGCUGCGUCGGUCACGGGAUCAUUCCACCAGAGGGAGAGCAUCAGUGAGCGACAGAACAUCAGACGGCAUUAGCCAAUCUCCAAGUCAUGUAAAACUCACAGUAGAUGUCCAAAAAGAUGUGCUGCUUGGACAUUAUGGCUUUGAAGUUUCCCAAAAUCUUCCCCUUCUUAUCACUUCGGUUGCUGCAGGCAGCACUGCAGACGGGAAGCUUCUGCCUGGGGAUCACAUUCUUGCAAUAAACAACGAAGCAGCUGAAGGCGUUACUGGGGAACAAGCAGCCGCUCUUUUAAGGGAAUCGGAAGACACUCUCCAGUUCACUGUUCUCCGAUGCACCUCGGGUGGCCCUAAAUCAUCCUUUCUUACAGCGGAGAAAAGAGCCAGACUAAAGACAAACCCUGUCAAAGUCCACUUUGCAGAAGAAGUAGUUGUGAAUGGACAUACUCAGGGAAGUUCUCUCCUGUGCAUGCCCAACGUUCUCAAGGUGUACUUGGAAAAUGGACAGACUAAAGCUUUCAAGUUUGACUCAGACACUACUGUCAAGGACAUUAUUCUCACUUUGAAAGAAAAACUUUCCAUUCGAAGCAUUGAUUAUUUUGCCUUGGUCUUGGAAGAGCAGUACAAUGUGUUAAAGAUGUAUCUUCUGCAUGAGGAUGAGCUCAUCGAACAGGUAGUUCAGAGGAAAGAAUCUCAUGAUCACCGGUGCCUCUUCAGAGUCAGCUUUAUGCCCAGGGAUCCACUGGAACUGUUGCAGCAAGAUCCAUUUGCCUUUGAGUAUCUCUAUUUGCAGAGCUGCAGUGAUGUGCUUCAGGAGAGAUUUGCUGUCGAGAUGAAGUGCAGCGUUGCUUUGCGUCUGGCUGCGUUGCACAUACAAGAGAGGAUUAUCACUUGUGCUCAGCCACAGAAAGUCUCUCUGAAGUAUAUAGAGAAGGAUUGGGGAAUAGAGAACUUUAUUUCCCCAACCCUGCUCCGAAACAUGAGAGGCAAAGACAUCAAAAAGGCCAUUAGCUUUCACAUGAAGAGGAAUCAACUUUUGCUGGAUCCAAGACAAAAGAAACAGGAGUGCUUCACAGGACCAUUCACAUGUUCAAGGCUGCCGCAUAACUGUGGACACCUGGAACAUUUGUCCCAGCACCUCCUCUCAGCAGCACAGGUGCGUCUGUGUUACCUGCAGAUCCUUGGCGAUCUGAAACUCUAUGGAGGAAGAAUCUUUAAUGCCACUCUAAUGUUGCAGGACAGAGAAUCGUGUGUUGCCCUCCUUGUGGGAGCCAAAUACGGAAUCAGUCAAGUUGUAAAUAAUAAACUCAACAUCAUUACCAUGCUGGCAGAAUUUGCUAACAUUAGCAGAGUGGAGCUUACUGAAGAAUCUGAGAAAGUAAGCGUGGUAAAAAUCUUCCUCCAAGAUAUAAAGCUGCUGACUCUGCUGCUGGAAUCCAACAAUGCCAAAGAUCUGGCUUGUCUCAUCAAUGGCUACUACAGGCUGUUUGUAGAUUCGAGCAGUUCCAUAUUUGUCUGGGGAGAGAGAAAGCCCCAAAUGCAUCGCUUCUCCACUGAGGAAGGGUAUGAAUCUCGGACCUGCAGCGACUCUGAAGAGUCUUCUGAACUGGACUCCUCCUUGGAUCGAUUUUCAGAUUCGUCCUCGCCCAAGCACAGUAGCAUUAACCCCCUCCUUGAGGAUGAAGGAGAGCAGGAGGAGCUGAAGCAAGAAAGGAAGGAUCCGGAAGACAAAGGGAUGAGCUUUUGCAACGGGUAUGACAACACGAAUGACAGCUUGUCAGAAGCCUCUGACUCGGCCAACACAGAGAGCCGGGGGCUUAAGACCAGUGGCUCCAGCGACUCGAUGGAUGCUCUGGAGGAGGAUGAUUUAGAAGCGUGCUCCUCGAGCAAGCCUGAGUUUUUCCAUCUGUAUACCCCCACUCUUCAGGAGCUGACAAGCAAUGGCAAGGGCUGCUUGGGUAGCAAGAGAGAAGAGGACAAGAGAGCAACGCAGGAGUAUUUCUUUUCCUUCCUCUUGCUGCCCCACCUAUCCAAUCCGGCGCUUGCACAGCCAGAUGUAGAAUCCCAAAGAGAAAGUGAAAUGAGUGCUUCUGCUCUGGAGUCCAAGCUGGCAGAGAACAACGUCUUGGAGUACUACAGCCUCUGUGCUAACAUCUCCCCAGCCAGCAGUGGAGAGAAGAACACCCAGAGUGACAGCCCAGAGAGCGGCUGUUUGAGUGGGCUGGACAGAGAUGAGGGACUCUGUGGAGGUGGCACACGGGGCUUCAUCUUAGCUCCUCCCCCCAGCUUUGGAGACACCAGCUCAGAUGAUGAAUUCAACAAUGCAGCAGAAAGGGUGAUGCCAACGGAGACUCGAGCAGGUUCUGGAGGUCCAUCCCUACAGAGUUUGCAAGGUUUCAACUCUCCGAAGGUGCCAUCCUGCUGCGGUUUAGGUGAAGACACUCUGUCAAGGCAAAGCAGGAGGACAAAACACACGCCAGAAAAGGACCCAAAAAGUGUCAACAGCCUGAGGAAAAGGAGGUCUUUCUUACAGACAAAUUAUACCUCACAAGUUACUUUCCCUCAAGCUCCAGUUCAGUCCCUGGAAGGCACUGAUCAUUUGUGCUAUGGGGAAAAGCCUGUCCUUUCAGGUCCUUCCUGCUCACCGGCUGUGGCCUCCUUGAGGGGCCCUAACAGAGAUUCUGAUCUUCUUGAAGCCAGACAGAUAGUCCAGUUAGCCAAAAAUGCAACCCCUUCACCUGACUUCAUUGAGAUGGAGCCAGAUUCAUUAGAAACAAAGUCAGUAACCGAUUCAGUUGUGUGUCCUGUCUCUGCCAUUCGCCUCCAGGGUGUCAGAGGUAAGGAGAGUUCAGACUUGACCCCUAGCUCCUUCUGCACAGUGAAGCAUGAUGCUUCUUUUUUCUCCUCAUGCAUGCCUGACCACCAGAGUAGUAGUAUAAGUAGGUUGGGAAUCUCCUUUCAGCUGGAUGACCUUAACACCCCUUAUAAAGAAAAACCAGGAGAUCUUACAGAAACAUCCAGCAGAGUUCAGGAACGCUGUUUAGCUGAAGGAGAGAAAAUAUUAGAGAAUACAAUGGGGACAGCAAAAGCCCUGCCUGAAACAGGUGUCAGCUAUGUAUUGAUUGAGGAAAUAAUACACACCUCUACCAAAUCCGCCUCGUCUCUGAGCAGCCACCAAGGCAAACCAUUGCCUUAUGUUCCAAUCUCAGACCAGGACCUCCUUCCUACUGAGAAGCUGGAGGAGGAACAGCUUGUGCAAGGUCCCUGGAAAAGAGUUAAAGGUGACCCCACCUUGUGUGAACCAAGCCAGGCACUUGGGGGCUUACAGCUCCAAGAAGAUACCAGCAAGGUGCUGAGUGAAGGCUCCUUACCAAAAUCUGAAGAUGCAAAACAGCUGGGUUUCUUGAAGGCAACUGAGCUGCUUUCCAACGGCGAUGGUGCUUCAGGGAUCGUGACACACCUCCCCUGGCUUGCUUAUAGCUCAGUGGUAGGUAAAACGUGCCAGCAGACAGAUAACAAAGACCAGAGAAUUGUUGGCCAAAGUGUCCCAGUUGUUGAUCAGGUCUCUUUAAAGGAGGGUGUCCUAAAUCAAGGGACAUGCCAUUUGUCAGUCAUGACUUCUCCUCAGAAUAAGUGCGUAUCUCCAGAUUUUGCUGGUGGCCAGAAGGCAGAGAGGAGAGACCUUACCAGAGAUACCUCCCAUGUGGAUUAUAAAUAUAAACUGACUAGUCCGCUAGUUGCUCCUACAGAAAAGAAGGCAGAGCAGAGGGAAGCUGGCAUUUCGGAUGGCCUGGAAUACUUUUCGCUUGACAUUCUGUGUAAAUCUGCAGGGCCCAAUGAGGAAAACAGCACUUCAGAUCCAUCAUUUUUGCAUUCAGAUAACCCAACAGAUGAUACUAAGGCACAUAUGAGCUCUAAUACCACAUAUUCUCCAGCUUUGAUGAAUGCCACAAAGGUAUUCUCACCAAAACAUAAAACAGACAGAUGCAGUUGCCAGUUGACUUACACAAGUUGUUUCCAUGGGCUCGACAAUGAGGCAGAAUUAGAGUUUGCCAACCCAGCUGCAUGUGGUACUCCUGAGGGCCCAUUAACAACCCCACCAUCAACAAGAAGCCCACUGUCUUUAGAUUUUAAUGACACAAGACUCAUUCAAGAGCAUAACUAUGUUAAUGGUAACGCCAAAGACUGUAGAAAUCACGUGUUGCUUCCAGAAUCUCCUGUCAAUAUGCUGAGCUAUUUAAAGGAUACAAUGUAUGCCUCAUCUUUUGACUUCCGCCACUUGCUAGAUAAUAUUGUACACCUACAAGACAUUUUAAGGCAGUUUGGGGGAAGCAAAAUAAAGCACCCUCAGGAUAAAUGUUCUACCCAUUUGUUGGAAAACAAGAACACUCUGUACAUGGAAUCACAAAGGCUGAUAUCCAGCUGCCAGAAAGUUAUCAAAACACAUGGGCCUUCCUCAGAAAUGCAAAACGCAGUUCAGGAGACCUUCCAGAACCUUCUCCAGCUGACAGAAAUGUGCUUUCAGUUCACAAACUGUGGCCUUUGCAAUAGAAGGCACAAAGACGUCAUGGUCAAUCUGAAGCAUGUUGUGGUUAGCUAUCACCAAUUUGUCCAGGCGGCUAAGCAAGCCUGUGAGAAGGGCUAUCUCAAUUUGAGCGUCAAGCUACUUGUGUGCCAGUAUACUGCCCUCACGGCAGCCCUCUUCUGCCUUGUGCAACAAUUCAGGGUAUCGCCCUGUGUAUGAGACAGAGCAUCUUGUACAGAAGCCUCUCCACCCUACUCUGUCCUUGAUGGAGAAAUACUUAGCCAAGUGUCCGUUGUUAAAACCCUUCACCCAAUAAAGACAGCUGAUGUGUAGCAGGUAGACUGAAGCAAGUGAUUCAACAGUUUGGUCUCAUUCUUUAUUAAUGUGCAUGGUUUAAGUGAGCUGAAAUUGACAGGAUCACACAUAGAAUCAUAGUUUGGUGCAUGUCACAACUUGCUUUUUCCCUAUGUUGUAAGUAAAGGAUACAAGAGAUUAAUCUCUUUUGUGUGACUCAGGGCCCUUUCUGAUAACAGCUGCAGCUCUGUGCAUGCAGUAUCAAGUGUCAAUUUGUCGCUAACCCAUAAAUGCUUUAAGGCUAGCUGAGAUAGAGUACUGUGUGUCACCCGGACUUGAAGUAUUGAAAACUUUCUAAUCUUACAGCUUUGGUGUGCCAACUUGCACAAAUAUUACUAAGGUUAAGGAAAGCACAUCGUAGUCUGUGUGCUUGGGUGGGAAUCUGGGCUCCUGAUGUUUAAGCAAUGCAAACUGGGCUGGAUAUCCAAAGACACACGGCUGAUCGUUAUCUAAUUCAAGUGGUUCCAGUGUAGCUGACUGGGUGUGUCACUCUACCUAAACCAGGGGUGGCUAAGCAGUGGCCCUCCAGAUGUUGUAGGACUCCAGCUCCCAUCAGCUCCAGCCAGCACAGUCAAUGGUCAGGGAUGAUGGAAACUGAAAUCCAAUGACAUCUGAAGAUCUACAGAUUAGCCAGCUCUGACCAGCUGUCUGUGCUAGUCUCCCAUCAAUGCACAUCGCUGGCAUGAAGUGGUACAGGAAGUUGACUGUGCAAACCUCAUGACUCACAAGAAAUGUAGGGGGAUGAUUUUGUGCACUCAGGCUGCCUACACACCAUGCACUUUACACCCAUGGCUUCAUUCAAAGAAUCCUGGGAACUGUAGCUUACUCCUCACAGAGCUACAAUUCCCAGCAACCUUAACAAACUACCAUUCCCAGGAUUCUUUGGGGAAAGUUAUGCACUUUAAAUGUGCUUUAGAUGUGUGGUGUGCAGGCAGCCUUAGGCACAUGCUUCAGUGCCACAAUGAGGAGCGCCGGAAGCUUCAUUCUGGAUGUGCCUCCUCACUGGACUUAAGUACUUCCUUUCAAAAUGUAUCCCAUUAGCAAUGAGUGUUCUGAAAGCUACAUAAAUGCAGUGCGCCGAAUGGCGAUUACCUAAGAAGCAUGAUCCCACCACUCCUGUUUCCUUUCCACAAGCUGCUCGUAGUGCUUAAAAGAGCCAGCCCCAAUGUAUCAUCUGUUGGCAGAUCAUCUGACAGACUUCCUGUGUAUGCACUCCCAGUACCACCUCUGUCUACGUCAUGCGUCUGAUAUGGAUGUUAAGCUGUUGCCUUAUCAAAGUCCCUGCCACAAUAAACUAGUUAGUUUUGCCAUGUAACUUUUUUGU